AUGGGCGGAAGUAAGGGCAAAGCUCCCCAGCGCCGGCCUCGACCUGGGAGACCAGCCUCAGCCGAGCGGGAGUCUGGGUCAGCCAGCGCCGACUGCUGCGCCCCAAGCCGGGACCGCAGGCCUGCCCGCAGCAAAGCCCGCAAGAACAAGACCGCUACGGAGCACGAGGCCACCGGAGGCAAGGGGACCGCUGGAGGCCAGAGGAAGCACACUGGAGAGGGGAACCACCGCUGCAGAAGUGCAGAAACGGGAACAUCACAGGAGACCCAGGAGAAGCAGGGCAGCUCGCAGCGUCUGAGACACGGACCCACGGAGAGCCGUGACUCCGGGGACAGUUGUGGGGAGCACACGGAGGAACAGAGAAUCCCCAGGGAAGAAGAGAGGACAGGCAAACGCGGCCGCCGCAGGAGAGGAAAGGAUCGGGGACCUUUGACUCGGCGAGGUCACGGAGAGACCCCUGGCAGGGAUGGGGACACGUCGGGCGGGGAUGGUGGCAGCUCGUGUCUGGACAGUGAAGCCCGCGAGGCCCAGGACAGCAGCAGCCAGGGCGGUGGAGCCCCGGAGCGGCCACCCAAAAUGGAACCUUCGGAUCCCAGCUCAGAAGGCGCUCCAGUCAGAGGAUCCAGCUCAACUCUGGUGCAGGGCAACCAUCCAGGCAGCGAAGGACACGCCUUGGAGCUGCAGAGCAACGAAGGGUCGUCGGGGAUGGGGCCUCAAAGAGCGAGUGAUGAUUCCCGGACAGAUACAGACUCGAACCCCGGGUGGGCUGGGCACAGACAUCUCCCACAGAAGAUCCCAGGAACCUCAAGUGGCAUCCCUGAAUCCCAGGAGAUAGAGCUGGGGAGCGAAGCUGCAGCUUCCAGCGUCCCAAGAGGCUCUCAGAGUCCCCAGGACUCUAGCGCAAUCGUAGACACCAGUGAUGUCGGGGCGCAGCCAAAGGCUGAGCUGCUGGGCACCGAGCCUGAGACAGCGGGGGCUCCCGGGGCUCAGCUCCUCCAGGUCGGAGAGGUGACGAGAAAGGCGCUUGUGGUUGCGGGAGAGAGCGACGGGGGAGCCAGAGAGCGAUCGGGUGCAGGGGACCCAGGGCCCCGGGACCGGACGCCACUGGCUGCGCUCGUGGUGCUGCGCAGGCUGCGUCCGAGGCCCCCAGCCGGCGCGUCUCCCCAGUUCGCUGGUGGCAUCCGCGUGGGUCUCAAGGCGCGGCUGCAGCGCGUGGCGCGGACCCUGGGCUUCCUGCGUUGGCUGCGACUGCGGGUAGAGCGACGUCGGACGGAGGCGCGGGCCCCGAGCCCGCGGGAGUGUGAGGAGCGGGGCCGCGAGAGGGCGCUCGAGGCACGGGGCAGGGUGCCCGGGCCACGGCGCUGGUUGGCCUUGCGCCUAGCCUGUCGCCUGGUGGGGCUCCGGGGAACGCCGCGAGCUCUCCCUGGCGGUGGUCCGAGCCCUCCGCAGGCUCUGAGUAGCUCCGUCUCUAAUGAUGCAUCAGCCAUCGAGGAUCCAGCUCCAGAUCCCAAAUUCGCAGUGGUCUUUCCCCGCAUCCAUAAUGCGGGGAAGGAGUCGGGCAGCAGCAGUUCGGGAACAUCCGCGGACGCCCCCACUGCUGAAGCUGCAGAGGAUAGAGAGGAGCAAGAAGCUAAUGGAGAAGGGGUGGUCAGGUCCUGUCAGGGUCCCUCCUUUUUCCCGUCUGAGACCCCACCAGAUGAGAACCGGAGCGAAGCAGAGACAGAGACCCUGGAAGCUAAGACUGGGGUGCACUGGGCACAGGACUCUAAUCCCAGCGAAGACCCUGAGCUUGGCGCUGAUACUCUGCUGCCUCAGCUCACCCUGGAGACUCGCCUGCGGCAGAAUAGCCCCUGCAGGUCACCAAGGGAGCGGUGGGAGCCAGAGGAUGACACUGAGGCAGCGCUGGAAAGGGACCUGGAGUUGAGCCUCCAGAGGAACCUAGAGAUGCCACCCUUUCUGGGUGCUAAAACCGGGAGUCUCCCAGAGGGCCUGGAAGACAUUGAAGACCUCGCCAGGCUGCGGCUGGUGUGUGACAGCUCUGUGCUGCUGUGCCUCAAGAAGAGGUUCCACCUGGGCCGCAUCUAUACUUUCGGAGGGCCCCUCCUACUUGCUCUGAACCCCCACCGGUCCCUGCCUCUCUUCUCAUCAGAAGUCUUGGCCAGCUACCAUCCUAGGAAGGCCCCAAACACCACACCACACAUCUUUGCCAUUGGGGCAGCAGCCUAUAGCCUGUCUCAGAGCACUGGACAGGAUUCCUGCAUCCUCCUGGGUAUCCCUUGUGCCUCCCCCCAUCCUUAGCCCCUCCCCCAUUGCAGGGGACACAGUGGCUCAGGGAAGACUGAGGGGGCCAAGAAGAUUUUGGAGUUUCUAAGCAGCCUAGGGCAGAAGCCGAUGGAGGCCAACCGGGCUCAGCUGGAGGACAUUCUGCCCGUACUCGGCAGCUUCGGCCAUGCCAAGACCAUCCUCAAUGCCAACGCCAGCCGAUUCGGCCAGGAGAUCCGCCUCUGCCUGCAGCAGGGGCUUAUUGUAGGAGCCUCUGUGUCCCACUACCUGCUUGAGACCUCCAGAGUAGUGUUUCAGGGCGGGGCCUGCAGGCUGCAGGGCAAGGAGGAUGCUCAGGACUUCAAAGAGCUGAUGAAGGCCCUGAGGGGGCUAGGGUUGUGCGCAGAGGAGCUGACUGAAGUCUGGGCUGUGCUGGCCACCAUCCUGCAUCUGGGCAACAUCUGCUUCUCUUCUUCAGAGCGGGAGUCCCAAGAGGUGGCCGCUGUGUCCAGCUGGGCUGAAAUCCACCUGGCAGCCCGAUUGCUACAGGUACCACCAGAGCGCCUAGAGGGAGCAGUCACCAAGAGGGUCAUGGACACACCCUACGGCCCGGUCUCCAGACCUCUGCCAGUGGAAGGUGCCAUUGAUGCCAGGGAUGCCCUGGCCAAGACCCUGUACACAAGGCUCUUCACCUGGCUUCUGAAGCACAUCAAUGCACGGCUGUCCCCACCGAGGGAGGAGGACAAUGUGGCCACCAUUGCAGUUGUGGAUGCCUUUGGCUUUGAGGCACUGCGGGUGAAUGGCUUAGAGCAGCUAUGCAGCAAUCUGGCCAGCGAGCGCCUGCAGCUCUUCUCCAGCCAGAAGCUGCUGGCCCAGGAGGAGGAGGCGUGCCAGCAGGAGCUGCUAAAGUGGGUGCCCAUUCCCCAGCCUCCAAGGCAGUCCUGCCUGGAUCUCCUGGUGGGCCAGCCCCAUAGCCUUCUAAGCAUCCUGGACACCCAGACCUGGCUAUCCCAGGCCACAGACCACACCUUCCUCCAGAAGUGCCACUAUCAGCAUGGUGACCACCCCAGCUACGCCAAGCCUCAGCUGCCCCUGCCAAUCUUCACGGUGCGGCACUACGCUGGGACCGUCACCUACCAGGUGCACAAGUUCAUAAACAGAAACAGGGGCCACCUGGACCCUGCCGUGCUGGAGAUGCUCAGGCAGAGCCAGCUGCAGCUCAUGGGCAGCCUGUUCCAAGAAGCAGAGCCCCAGGCUGGGACUGAGCAAAACAAACCCACAUUGGCCUCUCGAUUCCAGCAGUCUCUGGGUGACUUGCUAGCUCGACUUGGCAGGGGCCAUGUCUAUGUUAUCCACUGUCUCAAUCCCACCCCUGGAAAGCUCCCAGGCCUCUUGGACGUGGGGCAUGUGGCAGAGCAGCUGCGUCAGGCUGGCAUCCUGGAGAUCAUAGUCACCCGGAGUGCCCACUUCCCCGUGCGAGUGUCCUUCCAAGUCUUUCUGGCAAGGUUCCAUGCCCUGGGGUCAGGGAGACAGAAAGCUGCCUCUGACCAGGAGAGGUGUGGUGCCGUCCUCAGCGAAGUGCUGGGGACAGAGUCGCCGCUGUAUCAUCUUGGAGUCACCCAGGUCCUGCUGCAGGAACAGGGCUGGCAGCAGCUAGAACAGCUGUGGGCUCAGCGGCGCUCACAGGCCCUGCUCACUCUGCACCGUGGCCUCCGAGCCUGUAUCACCCGGCAGCGCCUCCGUCUCCUGCCCCGGAUGCAGGCUCGUGUGCGUGGGCUCCAGGCCAGGAAGCGAUAUCUCCAGCGGAGGUCAGCUCUGGGACAGCUGAACACCAUUCUCCUAGUGGCCCGGCCCCUGCUCCGGAGACGACAGAAGCUACGGCAGACAGGCAGUGACAUCCACAGCCUGGUGAAGUGUGCCCCUGGCCCGCACAGCAGGGAGCCCUGGGGGAAAGUGUCAAAUAUGGACCUGGGCCGCUUGGAGAUCCCCGCCCAGCUGGCUACUCUGCUGGAGAGGGCGGAAGACCACCAGGCCUUGCUGACGGGGAGCAUCACAGAGUCCCUGCCACCUGAGGUCCCUGCCCGGCCCAGCCUGACUCUCCCUCCAGAUAUUGACCAGUUUCCCUUCUCCAGUUUCGUAUCCACCAGCUUCCAGAAGCCAUUUCUGCCUAGACCAGGGCAGCCACUGGAUGAGCCCCUGACGAGGUUAGAUGGCGAGAACCCUCAGCAGGCUCUGGAGAUCAACAGAGUGAUGCUGCGGCUCCUGGGGGAAGGAUCCCUGCAGUCCUGGCAAGAGCAGACCAUGGGCACGUUCCUCGUGCAGCAGGCCCAGCGACGGCCGGGACUUCGAGAUGAGCUCUUCAGCCAGUUGGUGGCCCAGCUGUGGCGCAACCCAGACGAGCAACAGAAUCAGCGUGGCUGGGCCCUAAUGGUGAUCCUGCUCAGCUCCUUCGCUCCCACACCUGCCCUGGAGAAGCCAUUGCUCAAAUUUGUAUCUGACCAGGCUCCCAGUGGCAUGGCAGCCCUGUGCCAGCACAAGCUGUUAGGUGCCCUGGAGCAGACACCACUGGCUCCCAUGGCCUCGAGGUCCCACCCACCCACACAACUUGAGUGGAAGGCUGGUUUACGUCGGGGCCGCAUGGCACUGGAUGUAUUCACAUUCAAUGAGGAAAGCUACUCCGCGGAAGUGGAGUCCUGGACCACGGGAGAGCAGUUUGCAGGGUGGAUCCUACAGAGCAGAGGCCUGGAGUCCCCCCCUCGUGGCUGGUCUGUGUCACUGCAUUCUGGGGAUGCUUGGCGUGACUUGCCUGGCUGUGACUUUGUGUUGGACCUGAUAGGCCAGACUGAGGACUUGGGAGACCCAGCUGGUCCCCACAACUACCCCAUCGCUCCUCUUGGUUUAGCUGAGAGCAUCCCUCCAGCCCCUGGUGUCCAGGCUCCUUCCCUGCCCCCAGGACUCCCUCCAGGUCCAGCCCCAAUACUGGCCAGCAGCCGCCCUCCGGGUGAGGCCAGUAAACCAGGGAACCUGGAUGGUUUCUUGGACCACCUCUUUGAACCAGCGCUCGCUCCAGGUUUCAGCGAUCUGGAACAAGGCUGGGCCCUGAGCAGACGCAUGAAGGGAGGGGGCUCUGUUGGGCCCACCCAGCAAGGCUACCCCAUGGUGUACCCAGGUAUGGUGCAGGCACCUAACUACCAGCCAGCUAUGAUACCCGCACCGAUGCCCGUCAUACCAGCCAUGGGCACAGUCCCAACCAUGCCAGCCAUGAUGGUGCCUCCCCAGCCACAGCCUCUGGUGCCCAGUUUGGACUCAAGGCAGCUGGCACUACAGCAGCAAAACUUCAUCAACCAGCAGGCGAUGAUUCUGGCGCAGCAGAUGACCACCCAGGCCAUGAGCCUGUCCCUGGAGCAGCAGAAUCAGAGACGCCAGCACCAAGCUCAGACCUCUGGGGCCACCUCCCAGCCUCCACCCUCAACCACUGCUCCCAAGGCCAAGAAGCCUCCUGUCCCCCAAGAGAAGCCAGAGAGUAACCUAGAACCUUCGGGUGUUUGUUUGAGAGACACCCCAGAGGAAGCUGAAAGCAGGCCUCAGCGCCCCAAGAGCUUCCAACAGAAACGGGACUAUUUCCAGAAGAUGGGGCAAGAGCCGAUCAGAGUGAAGACGGUGAAACCUCCAGCCAAGGUUCAGAUCCCCCAGGAGGAGACAGAGGAGGAGGAGGAGGAGGAGGAGGAGGAGGAGGAGGAGGAGGAAACAGCCGGUGGGUGUGAGUUGUCCCCUCCCCCUCCCCCUCCCCCGGUUAUGAAGAAGCCGCUGAAGUCAAGCAGGCCCAAGGCUGUAAAGGAAGAUGAGGUGGAGCCCGCCCAGGAGGAAGUACCGACCCAGGGCGAGGAUCCCCCGGUGCACAGCUCCAAAUCCGCACCUCAGCACCCCAAACCCAGCAGGGCACCCCCAGUGCAGAGCUCCAACUCCGCACCUCCGCGCCCGCAACCCAGCAGGGAAAUCCGCAACAUCAUCCGAAUGUACCAGAGCCGCCCAGGGCCUGUGCCUGUGCCCGUACAACCCACCAGGCCCAUCAAAACUUUUCAGAAGAAAAAUGACCCUAAGGAUGAGGCUUUGGCUAAGUUAGGAAUAAAUGGCGUCCACUUGCCCCUAUCGACAUUGCCUAACCAAGGGAAGAGCUCUCCACCGGCUGUGGUUCCUCGACCUAAGGCUCGACCUCGUCUUGAGCCCUCCCUAUCCAUCCGGGAGAAGCAGGGACCCCUUCGGGACUUGUUUGGCCCAUGUAGUCCAAACCCACCUGCAGCUCCAGCACCCCCACCUCCACCAGCACUCCCACCGCCUCUGUCUGGGGAGCCUAAGACCCCUUCAGUGGAGUCUCAUGCCUUGGCAGAGCCCAUGGAGGACAAGAACAUCUCCACAAAGCUCCUUGUGCCCUCUGGAAGUGUGUGCUUCUCCUAUGCCAACGCACCCUGGAAGUUGUUCUUGCGCAAGGAGGUGUUCUACCCCCGGGAGAACUUCAGUCAUCCAUACUGCCUCAGUCUCCUCUGCCAGCAGAUCCUGCGGGACACCUUCACAGAGUCCUGCACCCGGAUCUCACAGGAUGAGCGGCACAAAAUGAAAGGCCUUCUGGGAGACUUGGAGGUGAGCCUGGAGACCCUUGACGUUGUUGAGGACAGCGUCAAAAAACGCAUCGUGGUCGCUGCUCGGGACAACUGGGCCAAUUACUUCUCCCGCAUCUUCCCAGUCUCGGGUGAGAGUGGCAGUGAUGUACAGUUGCUAGGUGUGUCUCACCGGGGACUGAGGCUGCUGAAGGUGACCCAAAGCCCGAGCUUCCACCUGGACCAGCUGAAGACACUCUGCUCCUACAGCUAUGCUGAGGUCCUGACCGUGCAGUGCAGGGGCAGAUCCACCCUGGAGCUGUCCUUGAAGAAUGAGCAGCUGAUACUGCACACAGCCUGGGCGAGGGCCAUCAAGGCCAUGGUGGAUCUGUUUCUGAGUGAACUCAGGAAGGACUCCGGCUAUGUCAUUGCCCUGCGCAGCUACAUCACCGAUGACAAUAGCCUCCUCAGUUUCCACCGUGGGGACCUCAUUAGGUUACUGCCAGUGACCGCUCUGGAACCAGGCUGGCAGUUCGGUUCUGCCGGGGGCCGCUCCGGACUCUUUCCCGAUGACGUGGUGCAGCCAGCUGCUGCCCCCGACCUCUCCUUUUCCCUGGGAAAGAGGAACAGCUGGCAACGCAAGAGUAAGCUGGGGCCAGCUCAGGAGCGCCCCACCCAUCCCAGGAAACAAGAACCCAGUGAAGACUCGGAGGCCACCUCCUUUACAACCUACAGCUCUUUGUCUGCCGACCCCCACAACUACACCAUGCAGGAAUUUGCCCUGCGAUAUUUCCGGAAGCCUCAUACCUGGCUGACCCAGAUGAGUGGAGACACCAAAGAGAAGGCUGCUAUCAACCUGAUCCAGUACACUAAGGACCCCAUCCAGGAAUCCCUUACCAGCUUCUGCAAUGGGGACACAAACAGUAAAGCUGUGGCUGGCUUCAAGGCUCUUAUGCAGUUUAUGGGGGACCAGCCUAAGCCCCGGGGCAAGGACGAGCUGACUCUGCUCUAUGAGCUGCUGAAGCUGUGCCAAGAUGACCUUAGGGACGAGAUGUACUGCCAGGUCAUCAAGCAAGUCACAGGACACCCCCAGCCAAAGCACUGUGCUCUGGGCUGGAGCGUCCUCAGCCUCUUCACAGGCUUCUUUGCGCCAUCGACCACGCUGAUGCCCUAUGUGACCAAGUUCCUGCAGGAUUCCAGCCCCAGUGAAGAGUUGGCCAGGAGGAGCCAGGAGAACCUCCAGCGCACAGUUAAAUAUGGGGGACGCCAGCAGCUGCCGUUACCUGGUGAAAUGAAUGCUUUUCUGAAAGGGCAAGCAGUUCGUUUGCUUCUAAUUCACCUGCCUGGGGGUGUGGACUACAGGACAAAUUCACAGACAUUCACGGUGGCAGGGGAAGUGCUAGAGGAGCUGUGUGGACAGAUGGGCAUCACAGACUUGGAGGAAGUGCAGGAAUUUGCCCUCUUCCUCAUCAAAGGAGAAGGUGAGCUGGUCCGGCCGCUGUCAUCCCAUGAGUACAUCAACAAUGUGGUGACGGACCAGGACAUGAGCCUUCACAGCCGGCGGCUUGGUUGGGAGACUCCACUGCAUUUUGAUCACCCCACCUACACCGAAACCCACUAUGGCCAGGUGCUUCGGGACUACCUGCAAGGGAAGCUGAUAGUCAGCACCCAGGCAGAGGCUCUCCUUGCCCAGCUUGCUGCCUUCCAACACUUCGACAAAACCGGGACUACUAGUCCUCCAUCAGAGCAAGAGCUGCUGUCUUAUAUUCCCAAGCCACUGCAAUGGCAGGUGAACACAGCCAACAUAAAGAGCUUGGUGACCCAGGAGCUGAGGCAGAUGCAAGGGUACAGCAAGCAGAGAGCAGAGAUUGGCUUUAUAGAGAGCACAGCGCAGCUGCCCCUCUUUGGCUACACUGUGUACAUAGUGCUGAGAGUGAGUAAGCUGGCCCUCCCUGGACCAAUCCUCCUGGGGCUGAACCGUCAGCACCUCGUCCUCAUGGACCCCAGCUCUCAGAAACUCUGCUGUUCUGUCACACUAAAAGACCUGAAGCGGCUCCACCUGCUGAGCCCACUGCAGGAGGACGGGCCCCCUGGCCUAGAACUCAAUUAUGGCCCUGUUGACAACCCCCAGACCAUCUGGUUGGAGUUGCCACAGGCCCAGGAGCUGCAGCACACCAUCGUCUUCCUGCUGGGCAGCACGUCCACUCAGUGGCCAGGUCUCCUCUGAGGAGAGUGGAGAUAAGGCAGCGGUCUCUCACUGGGCAGUCUGCCUUGGUCCUGCUCUGAAACUGCAGCACCACCCCCCACCCCACGUGGAGGCCAUAAAGCAGAGUUGUGACGUCACCUGGGAGAAUAAGCAGACACAUUACCUCUGAGGUGGACUGCAACAGGAGUUGGGGCUGUGGAACUGGGUGCAGGCAUUUGCUGGCUAGCCCCGGGGAAGAUGCCCACCCAGCUCUAAAGCGACACAAGUAAAACACCCAAGAAAAGAUUGU